AUAAGAGGGGACAUUCAAGUGGAAUCUGAUUUUUUUCAUGUGUGUGAGUGUCAAUGUGGGUGAGGAAUGAGGAAAAAGGUAGUGAAGACAGACAACAUCAUUUUCCUCAAAGAAAGCUAAGUCUUAGAAUCAUCACUCCAAUUCCCUUUUUUGGCCCCCCUUUUCUAUUUCUUGCUUCUUUGACCCUUCACUUAAUUACUCUUACCUACAUGCUUUUUGACACCUUCAUUACUCUCUAAAUUAACCACUCCAAUAAGUAAUAACACCACUAACUAAUUUAUCCAGCUAAUACCUCUUGACAUCAUUCAACAAAAGCUUAGUUAAGAAAAUAUAAUGAUACUUACAAAACCUCUAGUUUUCAUCACUUUUAUUGUUCUUAUAAAGUGAUAUAUGAAAGGAAAAAAGAGAAAGGGAGAGCAACAAACUUUCAGAGCAAGUCAUAGGUUAAAAGCCCCCUAGCUUUUCUUCCAUCACUUUCAUUCCUCUCUUCUCAUUCUAAGUGAGACUUUCACAGAGAAUAUAAGAAAUCUUGUUCAGAUCUUUCAACUAUUAUCCCCUCUUAUAUCUUCUGAAAAUCAAUUCUAAACCCCAUCUCUUAUACCUUGAAAUUUUGGAAAACAUGGGAAGUUACUACUACAGAAGAAAAUCUCGGAAACACAUCACUACUGUUGCCUUCAUCAUCCUUCUUCUUUUGUUUCUGUUUCUUUACGCUAAAGCUUCAUCCUCGUCCUCUCUUGAUAUUCCUCACCACUCAACUCAUGCAAGCUUGAAAAAACCUCGAGUUUUGGAUCCUAACCUUCAUGAUCGCAGUUCCAGAGAUGCGUCAAGAGGAUCGAGAUAUACUAGUGAAGAUGGUGGAAUUUAUUUUGAAGAUAACAAGAGAAGGGUCUUCACAGGUCCAAAUCCUUUGCACAAUAGAUAACUAUUUUCUUUAAUAAGUUUUGUGAAAUUUUGUCUGAAUAAAACAUAUUUGUGAAAGAAAAAAAACAUAUUUAUUUACUUUUUUCUUACUCUGCUAUACAUUACAUCAUACGUGCUCGGCCAUGACUUGUAACGUAUGUUCUAUGUGGAGGUAUGAGAUAUUAAGAGUGUUUGAACAAGAGUCUUUGAAAAAUAGUAGAUAACGCAUCUUCAUAUGAUAA